CACACAAAUAUCACACCUAUGUUACUUCUGCCCUCGACCAUCAUAUCAAAAAUACGUUAUAUAGUGUGCGUCUGAACAGCCGCUAGUGGAAAGAAAAGAUUGUUCGGUUGAUACUUUUCGAAACUACAUUACCCGGCUCGCAAUUUCAGAAGAGCUGGUUCAUUUGGGCGAAAAUGAGGCUAUGUAUCCCACAAUUCUAAGCGGUGGGGCUCCUUCUGUGGGUAGAGCAGGCGGUUCCAGUCGUCGGAAGGCGGAGAAGCGAUGCUGAGGGACGUAAGAUGGCAGAGCUACAAAUGUUACUAGAGGAAGAAAUUCCAGCCGGGAAAAGAGCCUUGGUGGAGAGUUACCAAAACCUCACCAGGGUAGCCGAGUACUGUGAGAACAACUAUGUUCAGGCCCAGGACAAGAGGAAGGCCCUGGAGGAGACCAAGGCAUACACAACACAGUCACUGGCCAGCGUGGCCUACCAGAUCAAUGCCCUGGCCAACAAUGUGCUGCAGCUUCUUGAUAUCCAGGCAUCCCAGCUCCGCAGAAUGGAGUCGUCCAUCAACCACAUCUCCCAGACUGUGGACAUCCACAAAGAGAAAGUAGCCAGGCGAGAGAUUGGCAUCCUGACCACAAACAAGAACACGUCGAGGACCCACAAGAUCAUCGCCCCAGCCAACAUGGAGCGGCCCGUGAGGUACAUCCGCAAACCCAUCGACUACACGGUAUUGGAUGAUGUCGGCCAUGGGGUGAAGUGGCUAAAAGCCAAGCAUGGGAACAACCAACCUGUCAGAGGAGGAACUCUGUCAAGGAGCAACCCGCCAACGCAGAAGCCUCCAAGCCCACCCAUGUCAGGGCGCGGGACUCUUGGGCGCAACACACCUUACAAGACUUUAGAACCUGUCAAGCCACCAACCGUGCCCAAUGACUACAUGACGAGCCCCGCCCGAUUGGGCAGCCAGCACAGCCCGGGCCGCACUGCCUCGCUCAACCAGAGGCCUAGGACACACAGUGGCAGCAGUGGAGGGAGCAGCAGCCGGGAGAACAGUGGUAGUGGCAGCAUCGGUGUUCCCAUUGCUGUGCCGACACCCUCCCCUCCCACCAUGGGACCAGCCCCACCCAUGUUCGCUUCCCCAGGAGCCCCUCCAGCUCCUCCCCCACCCCCUCCUCCACCCCCACUUCCUGGGCAAGGCCCCCCCAUGCCAGCGACUCCUUCAAUAGCACCAGUUUUGGGGCCAGGGCUUGGCCCCGCCCCAGUGUCUCAGUUUGGCACAAUAUCAAGGCAGAUCUCCCGUCAUGGCUCUACCACCUCCUCUGUGUCCACUGUUUCGGCGACCGGGACCUACCGGCGGGCACCCUCUGUCUCUGCGCAGUUCCCCACUCAGCAGCCACACAUUAACGGCGGCCCCUCUGUGUAUCCUCAGAACUCAAUGUCUGUUGCACCCCCACCACCUCCAAUGCCCCAGCUGACCCCACAGAUACCUCUCACGGGCUUUGUGGCCAGGGUGCAGGAAAACAUUGCGGACACCCCGACUCCGCCUCCACCCCCGCCUCCAGAUGACAUGGCGAUGUAUGAUGACUCACCACCACCUCCUCCACCACCACCGGUUGACUAUGAAGAUGAGGAGGCAGCUGUGGUGCACUACAGUGACCCCUAUGCUGAUGGAGACCCACAAUGGGCACCCAAGAACUACAUAGAGAAAGUGGUGGCCAUCUACGAUUACGCUAAGGACAAAGAGGACGAGCUGACCUUCAUGGAGGGCGCAAUCAUCUACAUUAUCAAGAAAAAUGACGACGGCUGGUUUGAGGGUGUCUGUAACGGGGUAACGGGCCUCUUCCCUGGGAACUACGUGGAAUCCAUCAUGCACUAUGCAGACUAAAGGGACUCCUUUUUUUGCUCAGUCAUAUCUAGAUGUAAAACAUUCAUCUGACCUGUGCAGCAUAGAGCAGUGUGAUAUUUUUCUGCUGAAAAUGGGGGGGGGAAAUUUCUUAAACAUAUAAAUGUGAGCUGGUGAGAGGGAAUAUAUAAUUAACUAAAAUGAGGUGGAUUCCCCCGUCCUCCUGGAUGCUCGGUCUUAAGACGGCUGUCAUACUUUGUACAUGCUGUCAGCAGGUCGUUCCUGUGAAAGUCCAUCACAGCAUCUUGAGCAGUUCAGUCACCGCUGCACAUGAUCAUGUCAUGCAAGGGGGGGGGGUUAACUCUUACUGAAUCAGGUUUUAGUUUGUGCCAUUUUCUUUUCCACUGUUUGGUCUGCACAAAGCUACUGCUUGGAUGUUGAAUACAAAUUUACCUGCUUAUCACGAUACCUUUUUCUUUGUAUUUCAGGUGAAUGGUAAUCCCGAAAAUCUAUUUGUUUUGGCAUAAAGCAUGCAUACUAUAACCCAAAAAUGUAUUGCAAGUUAGUUUAAAGGACGUUAAGCUUCCAUUAUGUUGUAUUUACCUGAGCACUCAAUUUUUGAAUGAAAGGUUUAAAAUGUUUGUGGACUUGUUGCUGGUCUUUUCUAAAUGGCCUAAUUUCUAUUUAAGUAUUUGAUAUCAUUAAAUUUACAGGAUGAAUUUUUACAUGCUAUUUUAGCGGUAUAUCAGUGCAAAGACGGGGGUCUGGAACUCCUGCUUCGAUCUAAGUGUUCCAUUCAAUAUCCAUGUCAUUUUUUGUCUGCGGGGAGCAUUUGUUCCUACACAACUUUCUCCAUCAUCCAGCUGCUCUGUAGCAGUGAGUAGUGAUUGUCUCAUCAGUGUCAUGUAAGAAUGUGUCUUUGUUUCAUAGUGAUUUUGGAAAAUUCCAUGAUGUAUUUGAAUCAAGUGACCAAUGCAACAUUUCCAUUUCUUCUCCCUCUGAGGGAAUGCAAGGGCCUGUUUUCAUACCAUUUUUAUUCAAGGCAACCGCUGUAUACAUGUAGAUUAUAUGGGAAUGUUUUUUCCACAAUUUAGGCUCAUAACUCAGGUUAAUUUAAAAACAUUGUCUUACUAAAGCAGUAUGCAUUAAAUAGGACUUAAUUACAAUUCAUGUAGUAAUUUCAUGCUGUUCCUUCCUUGGAUAAAUAUUUUUAAAACAUGAAACUUUGUACUACCCUGUACUUGGAUUUUUUUCUUCACCCCCAUCAAUUCUUCCUACUGCUCAGGAGUGCUCAGCUGACACUGUUUGCUAUUCAACAGCUGAGUGAUGUGGCAGGAGGAAACUUUUACCAUUGAUUUGUAUAUAUGUUGAUUGAAAUGUAUGUACAGCCCUUUUUAUAAUAAAUUCUCCUAUAUGCAGACAGUCUUGAGUUGAUUGAAAAGGGAAAAGCCCA